AUGUCCAAAGACGUGUCCAGAUCGCCGCCGAAGCCGCACGUCGCUGCCGCGGUGAACACGCCCCAGCGCCGCGUCCUGUCAGGGGAGGGUCCCAGCCGGCGGCCAACGGUACUUUCGCCAGCCUAUACUUCACGGAGACACAGUUUAUAUGGAAUAGAUGACCGAGUCGUCAUCGAUCCCGGAUCACGAGUUUGGAAAGCUGGCUUCUCCGGGGAGCCGGAUCCACGAACAUGUUUCUGGGCCUGCGACGAGAAGUACCCCGGCGAGGCUUGGGGACUCGACAUUUCCUACACACCAGGAUGCCGCGGGAACCGAAGUGAGGGAAGACGAUUAGUGCGAGCACGAGUUGAGAAGCGCUUGAGGGAGGUGUUUCACAAACACCUUCUGACAGAUGGAAAAGCACGCAAGGUGAUCGUGAUUGAGAGCACGUUCCUGCCGCAGCUCGUCAAGGAGGAGAUCGCCCGCGCCCUGUUCGACAACCUGAAGUGUUGCCUUCACCCCUUCCAGUCUUCUCGCUCUAGCUGCGUGCGGCAGAGUUACGGGUCUUGUGGUGGACUGCGGAUGGCUGGAGACAACAGUCACUCCGGCCGUAUGCUGCACACCAGACUGCGAGCCCUGCUCCGCCACUUUGGACAGUAUCACUCCCCUUCACCAGAACAUGCCGCCGCGAAAUACGUGCCUCGUCACAUUCUGACGGACACGCUCGUGGAGCGUGUGCUGACGGAAAGCUGCUUCCUGAACUCUUCCCCGCCUGCUCCUUCCGACCCCAUGGAUGUCGACUUCCAGCGGGACGAGUCAUCGCAGGACGAGGCGCCCGCAGAGGUCACCCCUGACAUGGACGACAUGGACCUCAUGUUCGCGCUCGAGGAGCGGUACUCGCAAUCGACCGCCAAAGACUGGACAGUGACUCUUUCGCCGCGUAGGGGCAGCGGACGAUGCGCUGUCCUCAUCGUCCCCGGGUGGAUUCGAGAGUACGUCGCAGAGGUCCUCUUCGGCGACGGUCCCAGCGAGGAGUACUCCGUCCCGGAGAUCGUCCUGCAGACGCUACGCGGCCUCCCCAUCGACACGCGGACAGAACUCGCGUCGUCAAUUCUCGUGGCCGGAGGCACGGCCAGCCUACCGGGUUUCAUCCCGAGACUACGAAACGACAUUAUCCGUCUCCUUCCUCCAGGGGAGCUGGAGCAGCAGUCGAACGAUGUGCGCGCUGAGGCGGCUGAGUGGCGAAAGCGGAGCAAGGACAAGUACGCCCACCUUCACGGCCUGGGCUCGAAGAUCGCGAUCAUCAACGAUCCGGCACCUGGACCGAACAAGAGCAGCGGAUCCGCUCCUCGUUGGACGCCGGCAAUCAUCAAGACAGGAGCACCCGAGAUUCUCCGCGAAGACUACGACCAGCUGUGCAACGAGGACGAGGAGCGCGGUGUUGCCUUCGGGGCCAUGGUCGAGGAGAGCCGGCAGGGAGCGCCUGACCCCAAGGUCGGACUUGAGCUCUCCGAGUUACGGCCCGGCAUGGCGACGGGGCCGAUGGCGAAGCGCAAGUUUGGGUGGGAGUCCGAGGUGCUCCCAGACUGGACAACUUCAGGCACGGCUAAUGUCGAAAACAACACGCCAACCGCUUUCCAGCACCGUUCAUCACAGCCUCGUAUGUCUGUCGCGCAAUGGCGAGUGUUCCCGCAGACGGAGGCUGUCCCGCAGCCACAAUGGCGGUCGCCUUUCCGGGUGGCGUCCGCUGAGCGAUACGAAGUCAUCAGUGGACGGACGAACGAGAGGGCGCCGGGAAUCAGGCGCGUUAUCGUGUUCCACGUCCACCCUGUGCUUCUCCCUGUCGUCCGGAUCCAUCCCUGA